AUGUCCUACAAAUUGGUCCUUCUUAUCGUCCUGCUCCAAGUGUGCGCUGUAUGCUCUACGGGUUGUUGGGAUUGGAUUAAAGGAUGUUUCAAAGAUUCGAGUGACGAUCGUCGCGAAUAUAUGGAAAACUAUAAUAGGUGCAAGGACCAAUGUAAGAAAGCACAUCCACAUCGAUCACAUCCUAAAGAUAAGAAUAACUUCAACGAAUGCCUCGAGAAAUGCAUGAAGAGAUGGAAUAAUCGUGAACUCGAGCAUAAUCGCCGCAGGAGACUCUGA